UAGACCUACACGAGUGGCUGAAGAUUCAUCCAGGCGCUCAGGACGCACAGGCGGAGUUGCACAAUCAGCGCUCCGAAGGGACUCCAAAAAGCGAAAACCCCUCGGCGCUCCCUCACUCCUGCCAUCUAACGCUCUCUGCAAGUGGAUAUUAUUUGCACUUCGAAAGAUUUUUUGUUGUUGUUGUUGUUGUUCAUAUUUUUCGCGCGUUUACUCGUAGAGGCCGUUUGGAGAGCUCGGAUUUUGAGGAGCCUGAUUGUUUGAAAGUAAAAAGAAAAAAAAAAUCCAUCUUUUAUUUUUUUUUAAAUUUGUGAAGACAUGCAUCGGUGCACAGCGGUGCUACUUUUGCUAGUGGUGGCCUUGUACCUCCUGAGCGCAGAAGCCUACAAGUGCAGGUGCACCAGGAAAGGGCCAAAGAUCAGGUACAAGGAUGUACAGAAGCUGGAGAUCAAACCCAAACAUCCGUACUGCCAGGAGAAGAUGAUAUUUGUGACGAUGGAGAACGUGUCUCGGUUCAAAGGGCAGGAGUACUGUCUCCAUCCCAAACUUCAGAGCACCAAGAAUCUGGUCAAAUGGUUCCGCAUCUGGAAGGACAAGCACAGGGUGUACGAAGCUUAAAACACUGGCUACCCAGAUCAUGGAUCAAGUGAGACAAAAAAAAAAAAAA